AUGAUAAAUCGACCACCGAUUAAAAAUAAUUUAAAUGAACAAUUAAAAAUUUAUUAUGCUUAUCGAGAUGAAGCAACACGAAUUCAUUUGAACAAUAAAGAAAAUCGAUCAUUACUUCAAUUAACAUUCCAUCAUAUUCCUGAUCAACCACCAAAUAUUCGUCGUCAAACAAGUUUAACACAAGUUGAUUGUUUUAAUACAAAAAAAGAUUCAGUUCCUUUGAAAAAAUCAUCAAUUCAAAUAGAUGAACCUCAGCAAAGCUCAUCGACAUUUAAUCGAUCGUCAUCGUUAACUAAUGAGCAAUCAUCUUCGUUCGCUAAUGAACGACCAUCAUCAUUCGCUGCGAAACGACCACCAUCAUUCUCUAUUGAACGACCGCAACCGUUCGCUACUGAACGACCACGAUCAUUCACUACUCAACAAUCAUCAUCACUUGCUACUGAACGGCCAUCGUCAUUUACUACUGAACGACCAUCGUCAUUCGCUACUGACCGACCAACAUCAUUUGGUACUGAACGAUCAUCUUCUUUCGCUACUAAACGACCACCAUCAUACACUACUGAACGACCGUCAUCGUUUGCUAUUGAACGAUCAUCAUCUUUCACCACUGAAAGAUCAUCAUCUUCAACAAAAGUUGAUCAAUCAGUAUCAAAUACAAAAUGUCCUAUCUGUCAGAUACCAUUCGAUGCUGCAGGCAUUCAUCGUCCAGUGAAUGAUGCUUGUGGACAUACAACAUGUUUUCAAUGUUUUAAAGCAGUAAUGAUACAAGCAACUGGAUGUAGUUUAUGUCAAAAAGAAGAAGAAGAACUUAAUGCACAAAUUUCCGACUAUUCACCUCCUAAAUAUGUUUCAAAACAUAAUCAAUCACAUGACUUAAAUCAUUUUGAAGACGCUAUUUUUGAUGAUUGGUCACUUAGUCAAUCAUCAUCUUCAAAACAAGCACUAAGAACAAUAAAAAGUUAUAAUGAUGUUAAUAAUACUGAUGACAUAGAUUUUGAAACAUAUGGCAAUAUACCAUCUAUGAAUGAUGAAGUAGAAUGUGAUAAAGUAACAUGGAUAUCAGCUGAUGUUCACGAUGAUGGACCAGAAUAUCGUGAUAGAGAAUUUAGUCAUACAAAAACAAUGUUUGAACGUUUUCAUGCUUUAUUUGGUUUAAGAAAAUUUCGAUCAAAUCAACAAGAAGCUGUCGAUUGUGCAAUUGAAAGACGUUAUCAUGUUUUUGUUCUUAUGCCAACAGGUGGUGGUAAAUCUUUAUGUUAUCAAUUACCAGCUGUUCUUGAUGAUGGAAUAACAUUUGUUGUUUCUCCACUUCGUUCAUUGAUUCUUGAUCAAACACAAAAACUUUCAUCAUUGGGUAUUCCAUGUGCUUCGUUAACGAGUGAUCGAACACCUGCUGAAGUAUCAGCAAUAUAUGCUCAAUGUUAUUCAUCACAAUCUGAACUUAAACUUAUUUAUGUUACACCAGAAAAAAUAGGUCAAAGUGAUCAAUUAAAUAAAUUAUUUUCUCAUCUUUAUACGAAAAAUCGUUUAGCUCGAUUUGUUAUUGAUGAAGCACAUUGUAUAUCAGAUUGGGGACAUGAUUUUCGUCCUGAUUAUGUUAAAAUUGGUACAUUACGUGAUCGAUAUCCUAAUGUUCCAUUUACACUAUUAACUGCAACAGCAACUCCCCGAGUUCAACUCGAUAUGCUUAAACAAAUGAAAAUUGAAAGACAUUUAUCAAAAUUAUUUAUUCAAUCAUUUAAUCGAACAAACCUUGUUUAUAAAUGUUUUACUAAAGGAAAAACUGAUGGAGCUUUAGCUCGUACAGUUCAAUUAUGUUUAAGUGAUCAAUUUGUUGGUAUGUGUGGAAUUGUUUAUUGUUUUUCACGUAUGGAAUGUGAAAGAAGUGCAGCGUAUUUAUCACAAAGUGGAGUUACAGCACGAGCUUAUCAUGCAGGUUUAGAAGAUCAAGAUAGAGCUGAUGUUCAAACACAAUGGGCUAAUGAUGAUUAUCAAGUUAUUUGUGCAACAAUUGCUUUCGGAAUGGGUAUUGAUAAACCAAAUGUUCGUUUUGUUAUUCAUUUAUCAAUGCCAAAAUCAAUUGAAGGUUAUUAUCAAGAAUCUGGGCGUGCUGGGCGUGAUGGUGGACUAGCACAUUGCUAUCUUUUUUACAGUUAUCAAGAUUUAGUUAAAAUAAAACGUUUAAUAAUGACUGAACAAUCACCAAAUGCGACACGUGAUGCACAAAAAGUUCGAUUAGAAAAUCUUCAACGUGUUUAUUCAUAUUGUCUUAAUAAUGUUGAUUGUCGUCGAACAUUAUUAUUAGAAUAUUUUGGUGAACAAUUUUUAUCAAGUCAAUGUAAAAAAAUUACUGAAACACGAUGUGAUAAUUGUUGUAAUGUAGCACAAGCAAAAUUAGUUGAUUUUAAAGAUUUAUCAAAACAAAUUCUUUCAUUAGUUGAUCAUCUUACGCGACAAUUAAAAACAAUAACUCUGAAUCAACUUAUUGAUAUUUUAAAAGGAAGUAAACAAAAAACAAUUCAAAAUGCUGGACAUGAUAAAUUAGAACAAUAUAAUAUUGCACCAGAUAUUACUAAAAUCGAUUUAGAACGUCUAUUAUCAAAAUUAAUUCUAGAUGAUUAUCUUCAUCAAGAUAUAUCUAUAAAUGAUACAUAUGGUACAGCAAAUGCUUAUAUUCGCCUUGGAAAAAAAACAAUAUCUUCUGAACCAAUACUUAUAUCAGUUUGUACGAAAAAAGAAAAUCCAAAUGUUUCAUCAACAGUAUCAAAUAAUUCUACACGUAAUCGAUUAGUUGAUAGUUGUUUAGUGAGAUUAAAAGAUGAAUUAAAAUUAAUAUCAGCAGAACAUAAUAUAAAAUAUUCAACAAUAUUAAGUGAAAAUGCUUUAAAACAAAUGGCAUUAACAAUGCCAAGAACAAAACAAGAUAUGUUAAGAAAUACAGUUGAAAUGACAACAAUUAAAUAUGAAAUGUAUAAAUUAGAUAGACUUUUAGCAAUAACUUGUAUAUUUGGAGCGAAAUUAGAUGAAGAAGAAAAUGGAGAAGAUGCAAUAAAUACUAGUCUUAAACGAAAACGAGAAGCAAUAACAUCAACACCAACACCAACAACAAGUAAUUAUUUUCAAGAUAAAACAAAUAGUAUUCCAAAGAAAAAGAAAUGA